AUGAUUUAUAACUGCAAAGACAGGCAUGAGCAAUUGCCCUAUGCAUUAUUGGGAUAUCACACUACUGCCAGGGCUUCAACUGGGGCCACUCCGUACCUGUUGGUGUAUGGCACUGAAGCAGUAAUACCAGCUGAAGUAGAAAUCCCUUCACUUCGAAUCAUACAAGAAGCUGAAUUGGACGAUGUAGAAUGGAUCCGCAAGAGGUAUGAACAACUAGCUUUGAUAGAUGAAAAGCGAAUGAUUGCUAUUUGCCAUGGUCAAUUGUACCAACAAAGAAUGGCGCGAGCUUUCAACAAGCAUGUACUAUCAGAAGGAGCAGUGGCACUUGCUGAAAUGGAUGGUCAGGAGUGGCCAAGAGCAAUAAAUUCAGAUGCCAUCAAGAGAUACUAUGUGUGA